GUACACCGUAGGUACUAGAUUAACCUCGGCCGGUCAUUAAAUCAUAAUAGGUACACGAUUGUAUUUUAUAAUAGCAUGUAUAUGCAUUAUAAUAUAUCGCGCGUGCGAAAAAACCCGUCAGCAGAAUUCGUUUAUAAGACGGUGCGAGUCCAACGAACGAUCACAGUUGCAACCCGAAGAUUACUAACAGUCUUCAAACGUCUGCUGAACACGUCUUGCUAAAAAAACACAACACACUCACUCUCCAACAUGAAUCGUCUGUCAAUUGUUUUGGUUAUCGCAUUGGUCGGUUACUCUCUGGGUGCACCAGGCUACGGGAGUGGAUCACAAAAUAGUGGUAAUCAAGGCGAAUACCAACAGAGUGGCCAUGGUGGUGGCUUAGGACACGGAAGCAGUGGAAGCCAGGGACAUGGUAGCAACCAAGGAUAUGGUAGCAACCAAGGAUAUGGUAGCAGCCAAGGAUAUGGUAGCAGCCAAGGACAUGGUAGCAGCCAAGGACAUGGUAGCAGCCAAGGACAUGGUAGCAGCCAAGGACAUGGUGAAUACCAACAACAGGAACAUGGUGGACAUGGACAAGGAAAUCAAUAUGGCAAUAAUCAAGGAUACGGUUCACAACACGGGCAAAGUGGACAUGGUUCACAACAACACGGACAAGGUGGUCAUGGUUCACAACAACACGGACAAGGUGGUCAUGGCUCAAAUCACCACGGACAAGGUGGUCAUGGCUCAAGUCAUCAUGGAAACUACUAAAACUUCAAUCGCAACGUAAAUGUCAUCCGAAUCCCCAACAUCACCAUUUUCUGGGACGUACCUGCGACUUAAACGUCGUAUUAUAAUAGAGUUGUCGACUCAUAAUAUUAUUUAUUUCACUAUAUUUUAUACCUAAAUUGUAAAUUUGCUUUAUAAUACUGUACCUAUACAUUAUUAUAUGAGAUUUCGAAUUGUAAAGAAUAUAACUCAACCAAUUAAACAUUUUUCUUUAAAAAAAA